AUGAAUAGAAUCGUGACUGUGGAAGUCUUAAAGAAAAGGAACGUGAAUGUGGCAGAUCCGAAUUGUUGUUUGUGCGGUGAAAUUGACGAGACAAAGGAACAUCUUUUCUGUGCUUGUUCGAUUGCGUCUUUGUUGUGGAAUCGUAUCAGUGCCUGGUGUAAGAUUCCAAAUAUUUUCGUAUUCUCGUUUAGAGAUUUGCUGGAAAUCCACGAUCACGUCGGUUUAAGUGGAAUUAAAAAAGAGGCGUUGAAACGUAUUAUUCGAAUAUGGUGCUGGAAUAUUUGGAGAGCUAGAAACGGGCCGAAGUUCAACAACAUAGCGGUCAAAGUGAAGAAAAUUAUUAGUGAGGUUAAAUCGGUUGGGUUUCUUUGGUACAAUGUUAGAUCGAAAAAUAGUAAUGUCUCGUGGGAAGAUUGA